CGAAGGACUGCAAAACAAAAAACAAAAAACAAAAAAUUUUGAAAAGCACCUUCGUUUGUAUAAAUUAUCAUAAGCACCUUCCAUAUGGCUUGAAGAUACCAUAAAGAGAAUUCAUAAAAAAAAUAAAAUAAAAAUAUCAUAGAGAAACAUCGACAAUGGCAGAAGCUUUGCUACUGUUUCUGCUUUCAUAUAUUUUGCAGCUUCAAUUGGAGGUUCUUGGAUUGGCCACUUCGUCUAAUCAUGAUUUUAGUUACAUGAAAUCUGUAUAUAAUGCAACUGAUCUACCAUUAGAAGACGUAUACGACUAUAUAAUAGUAGGAGGAGGCACAGCAGGUUGUCCAUUAGUUGCAACUUUAUCAAGAAAAUACUCUGUUCUCGUCGUUGAAAGAGGAAGUGCCCCUGUUUCAUACCCACAGGUCCUGAGUGCAGGAGGCUCAGGAGCUAAUCUCUUGCAGGAAGACGACGGAAAAACCCCUGCUCAGAGGUUCGUUUCAGAAGAUGGAGUCCCAAAUGUAAGAGGAAGGAUCCUGGGUGGUAGCAGCAUGAUCAAUGGGGGAUUUUUCUCCAGAGCUCAUGACCAAUUCUACAAUCAAUCAGGCAUUGACUGGGAAAUGGAUGUGGUCGAGAAAGCAUAUAAGUGGGUUGAAGACUCUAUUGUGUUCCGCUCCAAUUUGUCUUCUUUUCAAUCUAUUUUUAGAAAAGCUUUGCUUCAAGCUGGAGUUGGUCCUGACAAUGGAUUCACUCUGCAACAUUUGGUGGGAACCAAAUCUUCCGGUUCAACCUUCGAUGAACUGGGAAGGAGACAUGGAGCCGUGGAGCUCCUCAACAGAGGAGUACUCAAGAAUCUGAGAGUUGCGGUUGAGGCCUAUGUGGAAAAAAUCAUCUUCAGCUCUUCCAAUAAUGCAUCACGUUUAUCCGCAACUGGAGUCGUAUAUACUGAUUCGAAAGGGAGGACUCAUCGGGCAUAUAUAAGAGAUAAAGGAGAGGUGAUAUUGAGUGCAGGAGCAAUUGGGAGCCCUCAACUUCUUCUUCUCAGUGGAAUUGGAUCGGUUGAUCAUCUUUUUUCUCUUCGUAUUCCGAUAGUUCACACAAAUCCUCAUGUGGGAAAUUUCAUGGCCGACAAUCCUCGUAAUGGCAUCGACGUUGUAUCCCCAUCUGCAUUAGACCCUUCAAUUGGACAGGUUGUAGGAAUUACAAGUGACUUCAAUUACAUACAGGCCGUCUCUGCCAAUUUGCCAUUUUCAUUCCCUCAACCAUUCGGCCUGUUUCCCAACUCCACUUCUCCUCUACAAUUGAGUGUGGCAACCAUUGUUGAGAAGUUCUCGGGACCUAAGUCGACCGGUUCCCUCCGGUUGUUGUCAUCAGCCGAAGUCAAAGUUAGUCCCGCUGUCCGGUUCAACUACUUUUCUGAAGCGGUGGACCUUGGACGUUGUGUUAAAGGAAUGAGGAAGAUUGGUGAUUUGCUGAAGACGGAGUCCCUGGAAAAACUUAAGUUUGAAGAUUUGGAGGGUGCAGAAGGUUUCCAGUUUUUAGGACCAUCUUUGCCAAAGAACCAGUCUGAUGAUGCAUCAAUGGAGACAUUUUGUCGAAGCACAGUGACAUCCUACUGGCAUUACCAUGGUGGAUGCUUGGUGGGAAAGGUUGUUGAUGGUGAUUAUCGGGUAAAGGGGACAAAUUCACUUCGCGUCGUAGAUGGAUCCACAUUCAAUGCCUCACCAGGGACCAAUCCUCAGGCCACCCUUAUGAUGAUAGGCCGGUACACUGGGCUUAAGAUUCUGCAGGAAAGAAGAGCACCAAAGUAGACAGAUAGAACAUUGUGAUCAUCAUGUUUUUCAUUUAGCCUCAGAAAAAUCAGAAAAAGUCAAAAGAAAUCGAGGAAAAAUAAAUUCACAAUUGCAAAAUGGCCAUUUCUUUUUGUGUGUGAAGGGCCUUUCUUUUUGUCUUUGUAUAAUCUAAAUUAUAAUUUCAGAACUUUUCUUAGACAAUUUACUUCUGUUCUGAUAAUAUUAAUGAAACCAUCUUUACUUAUUACAAUUUAUUAUGAUACAA